AUGGUAUACGGUGAUAAAAAUGCGCCCAAUUGUCAAGUCCCGACAGGACUCAGCUCCCUCCCCCGCAAAGACUGCAAUGCCACCAUUCUCAUACUCUUGCCUUUUAUUGUCAAUCAUCUCUCAGCGAUAGUCACCCACCUCACUCUCGGUAAUCGAAAAGCAAGAAAUAAGUUGAAGUUCUGGGAUUACAACCAUCUCAACGGGUCACCGAAAGAUGCCUUAUCAUGGACGCCCUACAACACUUUGGCCACUAUCGCCAUGACAGUAGUACAAUGCGUUGUCAGCGCCGUGGCUGUCAAGGCUUCCGGGCUGAAUGUCAGCAUCGGACCUCUCAUCAUGUUCUACAUGACAAAGCCUCGUGUUGGUUGGGUAGUUGUCAUGUUAUCGUCUUGCUUCUACGAACCUCUCACCGAUACAGCCACCGAUGUACUCUUCCAAGAAUGUGUGCUUGGGGUGUUGACACUUCCUGGUGCGCUGAUGUUCUUGAGGGUCAGUGGUUUUGGCGAGGCGCCCGAUGGCUGUGAUACACUUGACAUGUACGAUACUUAUUCGAUGGGUACAAAUGGUGAUGCCAAUCUUUUCCUGCGCAGUGGCUCAAGCAGCCUUGUGGCAUGCGGUGCGAUACUCUUGUUUGUCGGAAUAUCCAUGCUUUGGAAACGUCGCUUUCUCAAGAGACAUCUCGGCUUGUUGGCCAUGAUUCCCUGUAUUGGCGCAUUUGUGUCUGCUUGGGUUCUCUGGAUCGGCUUUGACUAUGCUGUCAUGAAUGGAGACUUCUGUAUUUCUGGGUCGGCUAUCGGAACUGUAUCUGCUUUGUCUAUCAUUUUCCCCAUUCUAAAUGGUCUUUUGCGUGGCUGGAUUGGAUAUCCCGGAGGAGGCUACUACUAG